CUUUCUUCUGCAUUUAUCCUUUUUCAUUUGAUUAUUCUCUUCUACUUUACCUUCCCUUCCUGUGUUUUAACUUAUCAAAAUAUAGAAUUAAGAUACUUUUUAAAGCAUACUUAUAAUUGUUAAAGCACAGUAACAAUUACUAUUAAAGUGUCAUGUUUACUCUUUCUACUUUUAAAAAUAGAUUAAUUGAAACUAUUGUGUUCAUUAUGAAUAAAUUAAGUAGCUGGCUAUUUGUAACUGGUUUUCCAUUGUGCCCACACCCACCCUACCUUCCUACAAGAUGCUAUAGUAAUGCUGUGAUAACAACUGGUAUAUUUGAAGUCUUUUUUCUAACUGCAACAAUGCUAGGAAACCUUUCUAGUUUACAUAGUACUUUCCAUGUCCAAAGGUCUAUCAGUUAGCCAUAAUAUUACAUCAAGACCUAGAUUUUAUGAAAAUAUAUGCAAGCACAGUGGUGAUACUAAAAAUAGCAUGGAAUGGAUUUUUCAUUCCCAUAACCUUUAUUCUUUGGUCUGGAUAAUUCGCCUCCUCCCCACUCUUGGCUAGAGACCUAUGUAAACACAUUCUGCUUUCCAUUCAGAUUCUGGCAUCCAAGCCUUCUUAUAGAGAAAUUUUAUAGCUAUCACAGUAUAGUUUUACAACAGAAAUGCACAAAAGCAUGGCCUUAUGAAAAUGAUAGAUUGGAGGGAUGGUAACAAAAGAACUCUCCCAUUUACAAAGAUUUGUGUCAUAGUGUUUUAAAAGAGCAUGUUCCUUGUAGUAUAUUCCAAAUGUCUUGAACUUCAUGGAAAUACAUCUUCUAGGUAAAUAAAACUCUUCCCCUCCACCCCUUUGUCUGACAUAGAUGAGAAUAUCCUAACAUGGCACCUCACAGCUAUUAGUUCGUUGGCCCCCAUGAAAGAGGCAGCACCUCAGGCUGCGGAAGAAGUGGUCCCGUCAGGAGAGCAGGAGACCUCAUCACAGCCACAUCGCCGCCACUGCAGAUAUUUCUGUCUCUAAGGUCAGGAAGCAAAUAUGUCACCCCAUCCACGUAAAAGAGAAAAUGAUAAGGAAGAUGACUUUACAGCAUUUACUCUAAGGAAGGAAGAAAAUGAUGAAGAUGAGCUUGAAGAUGCCUAUGAAGUUAUCCCUGUGGCAACAAUAAUGAAUAUAGAAUCUUCCCUGGAAGAAUGCACAACUGGAUUGUAUUUAUUUCUAAAUAACAGGUUCUCAGAUGCCACAAAUCUUAUUCACCUGUGGUUGAAAAACAAGCCAUUCCAUGCUCUAAUUUAUGGUGGUAUUAUGGUCAACAGAGCCACCUUGACUUUUGAGCCACAGGAUAUGCAGAUUGGAAUGACUGCUACAAAGGAAGCUUUGAGGACCUGUAACAGUUUCCGAAGAAAAUCUAGGAUGAGUUUUUCCCAUGUAGUGAAUAAACAGGGAAUGAAGGCCAUCAGAGAAGAGGAAUUACAUGCAAAAGUCUGCUAUGCUGAGUGCUUGAUUUUGAAAUCCACUGUAUCAUUUGUACAAGACGACAGUAUUCUUGGUUUUCUUAGAACUGGGAUCAGCAUUGGGUCAAGUUACCAAAUAUACAAAGACUGUCAACAAGUGUUAACACAGAUACCUAACAACCAAAGCAAAACCUACAGACACCUGGUUGGAGGAGUAAAAUUUGGACUUGGAGCAUUCAAUCUGAUGUUAUCACUCAUGCCACCAAGGAUACUUAAAAUACUCAAUAUUGUUGGCUAUGCCAGUGAUAGAGAUGUAGGCUUGACUUUGUUUCAUGAGAGUGCAUCUGAAUCCCAUAUAAACAAUGUCUUAAGUGUUUUGAAUCUACUUUUUUAUUACAGUUAUAUCUAGGUAGCUUUUGGUGCUGAAAAGGGUCACAGUCCUGUUAUAGAGAAUCUCUUCCUAAUCUACCACCAUAGAUUUCCAAAGUGUGUUAUACUUAAAUUCUUUCAUGCACAUUUUAGUAUGCUGAAAGGAAAAUUUUAAAAUCCACAGUUAACAUUAGAGGAGUGCAUUUUUCUUCAGAAUGAGUGGAAACAGGUUCAUCACCUCUAUUACUGGGAACUCAUGUGGUGUCACAUUUUUCUGCAGGAUUGGAAGCAGGCUUACCGCUAUGCUGAUCUACCGUAUCAACACAACAGGUGGUCCAAGGCAGUAUAUUUGUACGCUAAAGCUAUACUUCUGAUCUUGCUCCCUUCUGACUUUGUGAAAUUAGUAUGUAAGGACAUAAACUCUCUUUUCUUAAAAGUGGGUAGCCUAAGAAUCAAAAUUUCAGGAACUUCUGUGCCAAUAGAAAAGUUUAUUGCUGAGAAGGGUAUGCGCUAUGGUACAACUACUGGCUGGUUUACUGCACAACCUAUUUUGGAAUUCAUUUAUGCCUGGAGUGGUUUCUGAGUCAUAAGCAAAAAACUAGACCUUAUUUCAAGCUGACUGUCAAUAAUUGACAAAGGAAAAGAACUUUUACAAGAAAGUCCAAAUAAAAAGUAUGGCACAGAUGACAUAAGUUUGUUAAAUUUACUGAGAGGUCUGUGCUUAAAACACUUAGGCAAAUACUCGAUGGCUGAGCAGUCCUUUAAUCGUGUCAUUCAAAAGGAGAAACUGUUAAAAUAUGACCACUACUUGGUGCCAUAUACUUACUAUGAACUGGGAAGUUUAUAUUACCUAAAAGGAGAUUAUGCCACUGCAACAAAACACCUAAACAACAUAAAAAACUACAAAGACUAUUCCAUGGAAGCCCAGUUACAGUUUAGGGUUCACAUUGCCCUUGAACAAAUAGCUAAGGAAAAGUGAUUUGUCAUGAAGUGUGGUUUUAUUAUGAGUGAAGUAGCAACAAUCAGUAAGGAUAUUAACAGGUCGAAAAAUCAUUGCUUUGUGGGAGAAAUCCAAGAAGAGGCAGCUGCUAAGGGUCUGAGCAGUAACAAGUAAGAAAGGAAUCGGCCGUAACUUUUCCCUCUUUCUUCUCCAUACCUGUAAAAUGCAAUGUCUGAGACUGGCAAAUAGAGUGAUGCACGUUCUUAAAAAAGCAAAAGCAAAUGUUGUACAUUAUAAAAUAUACUCUUUCAGGGACUUAUAUUUGAUAACAUUUUCAAAAACUCAAAAAAUACUUUUAACACCACACUAGAUAAUAUAAACUCACAAAUAACAUAGGAAAAGUAGCUAUACUAGGAAUCCUAGUAUCCUGUACAUAUUUUUAUUUAAUUGUUAAAAGAAAGAAGAAAAGACUCUAAGGUAUUACUGUCAUUUCAAAACAAUGAUACACUGAAUAGCAUAGAUCUGAAUGGUUUUCCCUUCAUACACAGUAAUUUUUAUUGGCUUUUUAUGCUGGAAGAUAUUUUCCCCUGUGUGAUCAGUAGUAUGUUUACUUUUUUUUCAUUAGAAAGCUCAAAUAUGGUUGUAUAAUUUGCUACAGGAUAGAGAAUAAAGAGACCCCCCCAAAAAAACCACACAGAAACGCUUUGAAGAUAAUUGGAGGAGGCCAAAAGGAUAGAUUCACAGGGUAGAAAAUAAAGAAAAGACUUCACUGUUGGAGGGAGAGUUUAGUUACCAACUACCCUCCCAGUAGUUGCCCUCCCUGAGGUGCAGUUCCUAUUAAGACCAAAUCUUCAACAUUAUUAAACUGCUUACAUCUAUCGAGUUGCCAUUGUUAGUGGCAAAUCUGAGAGUAAAUAGCAGCUGUAGGCAGAAGGCUUCAGUAUUGUUUUACCUGCCUUUGGGAUAAAAUCAGUCCCUAACUUCCAGACCAUUAAAUCUGGCUGAGUGUAUCCUUCCUAUAGUCACCCUUGGAAACAGAAGUUGCUGGGAAAUUUUGGUUUGUUAAAACAUGAGUCAAAUACAUUAUCUUAAUGCUUUGGGUAUCCAAACAACCAACUGGAGCUCAAUGAGGAGCUAGUAUUUUAGAUUUAGAAAUACUUUCUUUCAAAAACAUGAUUUAAUGAGUAUGGCAUCGUGGU